AAUAAUAUAUACGACAGCAGCUUGUUUAAUGUUUUGUCUGCUACUGCUUUAUUUGUCUGUGAUGGUCGGAAGUAAUAAACAAAAAUAAUAAACUUCUAUCGAUUAAAAAAAAUAAAAAAUAUUAUUUCUAAUCAAAAUACUAUACAAAAUCGCUUCCAUGAGCGAAACUGUGAUCAAAAGCAUUCAAUAUGCUCGAUGAACAGUGUGCAAAAAUGGUGUAUGGUGGUCUUUAAUUUAGUCGUUCGAAAUCUGUGAUAAUACUCUUGGUUUUUUAACAGUGAGAAUGAAGUGACUUUGUAACGUAAAUUGAUUAACUAUUUUUGAGUUCGUGUACUUGUAGUAGGAGCCGGUUAAGUUUGUUGUUUGACAGAUGUGAAUGUGUAUUGUCGUUUCCUAACGUAGACACUCAAUUUUGUUCAAUUUAUUUUUGUACAAUGGCAUUGCUUGUUUAACCGUGAUUGAUUCUUGUCGCCCGUGAUAACAAUAAUAAAAAAUUCUUGCAGUUGUAUAAUAGGCAUUGUUUUCCAUUUAGUUUAGUAACAGUGAGUGCGCCCAGUCAGCACAAUGGGAACUCAACGGUGAGUGUUCCCCACCUGAGGUCUGAGGCUGCAUCUGUCUGUAACGCGUCCGCGAGCACAUACGUUGAGGCUGACUAUCGGCACUUUCUCUCGCUGAUGCGUUGCGAGUCGGUUACUCAAUACGCGUUGUGCAAAGACUGGUUGAAUCGCCGAGUCGAUGUCGAUAUAUCAUAACGGUAGUACUUAAUCUGUGAGGGUUGAUGUCGGUCGUGCGAGGCUGGUAAUAGCUGGGCCAGUGUUUGAUGUGUAAUGUGUAAAAGUUUGAAGUGAUGGUGGAACGCGAGGGUAUGCGGCGCGGCAGCGGUGGCGGCUGUGGCUGGGGCGGGGGCGUGCUGGGCCGCUGGUCGCUGCGCCGCCUGCUGCUCGACAGCCCGCUUGUGGGCAGGAGGCUUGCACACACAGUAUUGGAGCAAGCAGAUGGGCGACCCCCGAAAUUAAACAACGUAGAACAGCAAAAGCAAACUACAGUAGAAUUUAUAGCAGAAGAUGAAGAGGGAGAUGGCCUCGAGUGUCCGCUAUGCCUGUCUGUGUUCAACUCGGCGGCGAUGGAGCGGCUCGCAUGGUGUUCACACCGGUGCUGCGAGCCCUGCUUACGACAAUACCUCGCCAUCGAGAUCUUCGAAGCGAGGGUCCCAGUUAACUGCCCAGUUUGCCACGAGAGCAUGCACCCCUCAGACGUUCGUCGCAUAGUAGACAACCCGGUGCUGUACGAGAAGUAUGAAGAGUUCUCAGUGAGACGCGCGCUCGCUGCCGACCCUGACACACGGUGGUGCCCCGCGCCCGACUGCAGCUUCGCGGUGGUUGCGACGGGCUGCGCGUCGUGCCCGAAGCUGACAUGCCUGGCGCCGGGGUGCGGCGCGUCCUUCUGCUACCACUGCAAGGCGGCGUGGCACCCCACGCAGACCUGCGACGCCGCGCGCCGCAGCCGGGCCCCGCCACCGCGAGCCCCACAACCCUCCCAUCCUGACAUUGACCAUGGUGACGUAAAGCCAUGCCCGCGAUGUUCCGUACUAAUAGUGAAGGUAGAGGACGGCUCCUGCAACCACAUGGUGUGCUGCGUCUGUGGCGCGGAGUUCUGUUGGCUGUGUAUGAAGGAGGUUUCAGACUUACAUUAUUUAAGCCCUAGCGGAUGUACAUUCUGGGGCAAAAAGCCUUGGUCCCGGAAGAAGAAGUUGUUGUGGCAGCUGGGCACGCUGGCGGGCGCGCCGCUGGGCAUCGCGGUGGUGGCGGGCGUGGCGCUGCCGGCGCUGCUGGUGGGGCUGCCGCUGUGGGCCGGGCGGCGCGCGCACCGCCGCCUGCGCCGCGCCACGCCCGCGCGCCGCCGCGCCGCCGUCGCCGCCGCCGUCGCCGCCGCGCUGCUCGUGUCGCCGCUCGUGGCCGGCCUGGCCGUCGGCAUCGGCGUGCCCAUCCUGCUCUUCUACGUGUACGGCGUCGUGCCGGUGUCGCUGUGCCGCGCGGGGGGCUGCGCCGGCGGGCCUCCGCCCCCGCCCGCCGCGCACUUCGACGACGAGCGCGACCACGCUCCCGACCAAGACGCCGCUUCGCGACGACUUGAACCCAGUAUAGGUGAUGCAUCUCUAUCGGCGGGGUCCCACCACGCGGAGGUACGCGCGCCGUCCCUGGCAGCGCUGGCGGGGUCCCUGGGCGGGCACGAGACGCACUCGCCGGCGGCGCACCGGCUGGAGGUGACGGCGGACGUGGCGGCGUCGGACACGGCGAGCGCGGCCAGCUGGCCCGACGAGCUGCCGUCCACGUCGUCCCGCUCGGCGCGCCUGCGCAGCCUGUUCCUGUACGGCUCGGCCGUGCCGCCGCCGGACCCCGAGGCCGGCACGUCGGCGGCGCCGGGGCCGGCCGCGGCCGCGCCGCCCGCCGAGCUGAGCACGGCGUGCGAGACGCGCGCGCCGCGCUCGCCCAGCCCGGGCGCGGCCGGGGACGGCGCGUAACGAAGCAGUGCGCGGGACCCGCCGACCUCCGUAUUUUCGAUUGAUUUAUUGUACGACGAUGUACGUCCGUAAUACGUAUUAGAAGUGCCGCGGCGCGCCGUUGUAUUGUAUUCGCACUUGUCCGUCCGGCGUAAGUCCUCAUCCCAACUUUGAUUUAAAGUUUUGUGCCAAUCGCGUGUGAUUAUCUAGUACUUUGAAGCGACUCUGUGAUUUAAUUAUUUGAUAAAUGUAGCGAGUUUUCGAAGUAAAAUAAUAACCGGAGUCCAUGAUAGCGAUCCUGGGAGGUGGCAGUCCUACAUAUACGAUAGAUGCUUCGCGCUUUCAGAGCAGUGUUACUCUAUCCAAUAUUUGUGAUACUUUGAAUAAUAAUUACUAUUAAUGAUCUAAAUUAUUUAAUUUUUCACGUUUGUAGGCGAAAAAUAAUCUUAAGCGAUAAUAAUUAUGUUAUGUGAAUCUAUAAAAUGUAAACUACGAUUAAAAUGUGAUUUAAAUUUA